UUCAGCACUCUUUUUCUUCAUCGACACCUUCUUGUUCGGCCUAUGAUCUGUUCGUAACUGCUGCUUGCUGCACGCUCUGCUGCUUCUGGCAGAGGUUGAAUCUGGUCUCGUCCUCUGUUUCCAUGCGGUUGAGACCAAAACGGAGUUGUUCUGGAGAGGAGUGUUUUGGAGGGUUUCACAUAAAGCCAUUUUCCAAUCCGUUCUUGUUCUUGAUGGUUGUUCUUACUUAAACAACUAGAAACCUUUGUCAUCUUGAGAGAAGCACCUGCUUCCCUGUUAUUUAAAUUGAAGAUUUUGCUGGUGUGGACACUCGACGGGUUCUUGUCAAGGGUUUUAGCAUUUUCCUCUGCAAAUGUCUGGGCACUGUCAACUGUUUGACAGAAGUUCUUCCCUCAAGAAAGUGAAAGAUUCCAGAAUGGUGAGGAAGGUCCGGGUGUUCUGUAGAGAUCCCGAUGCCACCGAUCUAUCGUCCAGUGAGGACGAAUCGGAUAAAAUUGAUGAGAAGCUCUUUGUUCGCCUCAUCGAUCUUCCGCUUCCUGUUUUGCACCCUACUGUUAUCGACACUGAAAGUUCGUCUCAAGAUACCAUUAAUGAUGUCAAGAACCGUCAUAAGAAGAGAAAGCUAAGUGAGAAAAGUGAUUUAAUCUCAAGGAGAAGACCGACAGAUUUACGGUAUAAGGGGGUCAGGCAAAGGAAAUGGGGCAAAUGGGCUGCGGAGAUCAGGGACCCAUUUCGCCGGGGAACUCGAAUUUGGUUGGGCACUUACAAUACUCCCGAGGAGGCUGCUAAGGCUUAUGAGGCUAAGAAGCUUGAGUUUGAAGCUACAGCCAAGGCCUCCUCUGAUGAGAAGCAGACAAGAACCUCCUCUUCAGAGGUCUCUCUGUCGAUGAACAAACCUAUCGCUUCAGAAAAUUCGGAGAGUGCAUCCUCACGCACCUCCCCAUCAUCCGUCCUCGACUCAGGCACGUCAGCCUCUAAUGCUUCUGAAAGCUGUGAUGUUUCGACCAAGAGAAGCGUUGCUAUUGAUCCCAAGCAGCAACUGCCCGCCCAGAUUGAAUGUCUGGAGGAGAUUUUGAUGCCCGGUCAAGUCGUGCAGGACUUCAGCUUGGGAAACGACUUUGAUAUGCUGUUCAUGGAUGACUUUGGGCAGCUCGUGGAUGAUUUCUGUGGAACAGAUGACUGCCAAAUGUUCGGAUUUGGAAAUGAGAUGAGUGAGCUUCCUGAUUUCGACUUUGACAUUGGAAACGACGAAUUCGGUCUUUGGAUGGAAGAGCGACCUAUUAAUAUUGCCUGCACCUAAGUUUUGUAGCUAGGAAUCAUCGAUAUCAUCGAAUGUUAGUCUUUUAGAAUAUGCUUGGGGCUCUCUCUAAUUUGAGCUCUUGAGAGGAGUGUCUUUUUUCUGUCGAUGAGUUUAGUUUAAUUUGUUUGUGGAGUCUUAGAGAGAGAUGAGAAGGAUGAAAGCAUUUUUGGAAGGUGAGGAUCCUUUGGGUUUUCUUGUGCCAUUAGAGCCGUCCAAAGGUUAAUGCAAAGUUUUAAAGUUGUUGCUCUUCGUCCUAGCAAUGUCUUGUAUGCUGUACUGUGAUUCCCUUGUUUUAAUGAAGAAGGGUUUUUGCGCUC